AUGAGCGCCCUCUACACCUAUGACGAGGGUGCCAUAGUGGCCCUGAUCAAUGAGAUCUACCCGAGCCUGCGGGUAAGGUGGGCCAAGGCGCUCCCGACAGCGCACAUCCAGCGGCUGUACCACAUCUACCGCAACACCGACAACGCCCCGCCGCUGAUGGUCAUCCUCCCGCCGCCGCCGGAGGUGAGGCCCUUGAGGUGCGAGCGCGACUGCGUGACGGCCGAAGCCACGCUGCUCAGGUGGAUGAACUCGAACAGCUCGGCAGGCCGUCACUACCUGCCGACAAUUUACUCAUUCCUGCCGGCCAACGUCAUGGACGGCCGCGCCGCCAUCCUGCUCACCAUGCCGGUGCACGGAUACACCCUGGCCGAGCUCGAGGACGACGACGUCUUGUCCGAGUACGACGACUACCCCCUCGACUGGCAGGCGGGCCAGCUGCUCCGGCGCAUCGCGCUGCACGUCUCACCGAGCCGGAAGUUCGGGUACAUCGUCGACGUGCUGCGGGAGACGGACGCGGCGCAGCAGCAGCACCUCCGGCCGGCCGUGCACCCCACCGAGCUGGGAUUCGACACGUGGUCCGGCGCCUUCGGCCUCAUGCUCGAGUCGGUGCUGCAGGACCUAGAGGACCACACCGUUCUGGUGGCCUACGACCGUGUGAGGCAGCACUUCCGCCGCUUCCGCCCCUUACUCGACCGGGUCACCCGCCCCAGCCUCACGUCCAUAAACGCCGGCGAGAUGGCCAACCUCGUCCUCGAACCGGACUACAACGGCCAGACGGGGCUCAACUGCCGCUACCGCGUCGCCGGCCUGCGCGACUGGAGCUCCUGCGUCUUCGGAGACCCGCUCCUCUCCACAAAGUUCACCACCGCAGGCCCCGAGUCGGAGGAGUUCAUAAGAGGCGUCGAGACGUGCCUGGAGGAUGACGAAGACGACGAAGACGACGGUGACCCCAUUGUCGAGGAUCCCGCUGGCGUGCCCGCCCGUAGGGCCCUGUACGAGUGCUACCAUUCUCUUGUGGGCAUAGCGAGGCAGUAUCACCGUCCCCGCAGGGCGGGUAGGCUGGGGGAGGACAUGGAGAUGCACUGGCGUAGGAAGCAGUUGGACGCCAUGGAGAAGCUGAACAGCUUUGAUGACGACGGGAUUCUACGCUCGUAA